AUGUACCAGAUAUCGGAUGAGAUUUUGCUGCACUACGCGAAAACCGGGGAUCUCAAAGGACUGGAAGAACACAUCGUGAUGCAUCGACGCUCUUCGGAACAGCGCCUCCAAUUCAACGCCAACUGCACGGACAGCAUGUCGCCGCCAUUGUUCUACGCCGCCGAGGGCGGUCACGAAGAGUUUGCCGCGUUUCUCCUGGCCAACGGGGCCGAGGUGGAUGCGAAGAACCACAACGACGUGACGGCCCUGUUCAUCGCGGCGCAGGUGGGCGCGGCUAGCGUGGUGCGGCUGCUCAUGGACAAGGGCGCCGAUCCCAACCUUCGAUCAACGCGAGACGACGUGCUGCCCCUCUACGUGGCCUGCUUCGAGGGCCACCUCGACGUCGUGAAGGAGCUCCUCCUCUUCCACAACGCCAAGGAGUGCGAGGAGCAAGGCGGGUCAGAACUGCCGAUGAGCGUCAACAUGGUGAAUGCGGCGGGCGUGGGCGCGGAUGGGAGCACAGCGCUGAUGGCCAGCUGUGAGCGAGGGCACAAGGACAUCGUCGAGUUCCUUCUCUCCUACGGCGCCGAGAAGGACGCGCGAGGCAAGAGCGGAGAGACCGCUCUUAUGUGGGCCGUGCAGGAGGGCUACUUCGGCAUCGUCGAGCUCCUGCUGCAACGGGGCAGCAGUGUAAAUAUCCAAAAGAACGACGGCGCCACUCCUCUCUUUCUCGCGGUUCUCAGUGGCGAUACGCGGAUGGUGUCUCUGCUCCUGGCUUACGGCGCACGCAACGAGAUCCCCAACGACCAGGGCGAGACGCCGCGCAUGGUGGCACGACGGACCGGCCUACACGACAUCGCCCACCUGCUCCUCGUCCCACCACCUUUCUCCCUCGUCGACCAGCUGUAG